CAUUAAAUGUAUGGCUUCCCAUACAAAUUUAAAUCGUCAUCAGCAGGUGAUUGACAGACGGAAUCUGCAGGUGUGCUCGGUUGCUAGGAGCCAAACAGAGACCGGAGACGAGGGUUGGCAUGUAGUCAGUUUACCGAUUAUUUUACGAUAGCGAUUUUUACAUGGCACGUUUUUGCACCACAUAGAUUUAGUUUGGUCUGGAAAUCAAUUUUAUGCGAUAAUGGGCCGAAACAAGUGGCGAGUGAGUCAUGACGGUGGAUUAAACAACAAACGAGAUACACCUGUGAAAGCAAUGCGGAGCAGACGUUGCAAGCACAGAAAACCUCUGCCCAGCAAACAGUAUGAGGCAUUACCAGAGGAACCUGAGGUGGAGAUGACUGUCGGUACUGUCAAACCAACCAGUCCAGCGUGGGCUUAUCCCUUACAUGGACAGACUAGCUUUAAACCUGUCCACCACAAAUCUGUGUUACACUUGAACAACCCUGCAUGUACUGGAAACUCCAGACUCAAAGCCGUCUCACCUGCUGCUCCAACUGUUAAACAAUAUGGCUUCCGAACGUCACCAACAUGGCACCCAACCGUUCAGAUGUCCCCUGACCCAGAGGCUUUUAAAAGUGGUGAAGUGCUAGUUAAAGAAAAAAGGCUAAAGUUGGCAGUGACGCCAGAAGGCAUCACAUUUUCUAGCAUGGAGACAAACACAACUUUUGACUUUAAUCAUGACGAUGAGGAAGACUGUUACUCUGCCUCUUCAUCUUCCAGCCUGCCUUCCCCGGAGAUCUUCAGAAAAGAGAACUAUGCAGAAACAUUGACUUCCUCCGUAAAGGAGGAGCUGCUGGGUCUCCAUCUUCACAUAAAAAACUCCACUUUGCUGGAUGCGAGUCACGCUGAGACCAUCCACAUGCACCAUUCGCCGAACCUUUCUACUAUCAUUGCCAGCAGUUGUCUGAAGAGAAUCAAACCUCUGUUUGCAGGUGCCUCCACAAUUCUUGCUGAGAGGACCUGUGAGAUCAGCAACCACGGAGGACCUGAAGCUGAGACUAAAAUACAGACCGACUCAUUUAAAUCAGAUCCUCAAACUGUAGACAAUCAGGCACAAGCAUUCAAGUUUAAAACCCCAGCAAAACUCACCAACAAAAGACCUAUUUUGUGCAAGAAGAAGGUAUCUUUCAAAACCCCCAUUGCUGCUGAGACUUUUGAAGCAAAACACAGCCCAGCCACCAAAUUAACCAUUCGUGAUGCCAGUGAGUCAGUCCAGACAUCCAGCUCGGCCGAGCAGAUGACAUCUGUUGCAGUGACAUCCAGAGCGGGUGAGAUAAAUUCUGAAGAUGACACACCAUGUGUAAGGGUGAUGCUAAAAAGGCCUGUAAAAAGCAGCCCGGAGAAAGCCAAGUUCUUUGACUUCCUCUGUGAUAAUGAAAGGGAUGUGUUCUUUCAGAGGAUGAGAGAAAGGUGUGUCAAACUGAGAAGCAUGCCUUUAUUUCCUCUCACAGCUGCUCAGCACGUGGAAGCUUCUGUUCUGUGAGGUUGUGAAGCCAAAAUAUCUUAUGUAAACAUGUGGCCUUUCUCCCAUAAUGCAGAUUAAUGAGGUCUGUAUGUGAAAUGUCCUGUAAGAGUAAUCUGUGAGUACUUAAAAACAGCUGAACUAAGAUGAUUAAAUUAGCAUUCAAAUGUGUUAUUUUGAAAUUAUAAUUCAAAGGAACACAUACACAGGCCUCGCUAUUUCCUUGUGCAUUUAUUUUGAGUAUACCUGAUCAAAAGUGUGUUGCGCAAUGUGACCACUAGAUGUCAGACCUGUAUUCUGUUAAAAAGAGAAGGAUGGUUAUCCUCUUUCCUUGUCCUGCCAGUGACUGUCUUUCAGACUUAUAUAUGUAUGUGUUGUUUGUGAUCUUUAUCUGCACUGUUAUUGACGCUUUUGGCAGUAUGUGUCCAUGCCAUAGGAGCUUUGUCUAACUCUUUUGAGUAAGCCACAUGUAAAGUUGAAAUGUAAAUUUGUUAUAGGUAUCUGUGUGUAAUUUUCUGUUUGUAAGUCGUUUCUCUCUGGAAAAAUUACAUAUUUCUAAGCCUCACUAAAAAUAUAUAAACUGAAGGGAUGUAUAAUACAUAUAAAUAAAUAAGUCCUGUUGAA